AUGCGUCUCUCCUUUUUCCUUGUUUGCGCAGGCUCACUAAUUAACCAUUGUUAUUCCUAUCCGCUAACUUAUGCAUCAACCGCGCCCGUUGCAACUGCUGCAAGAACGAAGAAUGGCACCUACACCGGUGUUCGCGUCCCUCAGCUAUCCCAAGAGAUAUUUCGCGGCAUUCCAUUCGCCCACGCGCCACGUUUCGCUUUGGCCGAGUCGCUGACAGAGACCUGGAGCGGCUUCCGUGAUGCAAUCGAACCCGGCUUAACUUGUUCUGGCUUUGGAACCAACAAUCUGCUUCCAUACCUAGAAUCCGGCGAAGACUGUCUGAACCUCAAUGUCGUCAGACCUGCUGGAACAAGACCUGGGGCAAAGCUACCUGUUUUGGUAUGGAUAUAUGGUGGUGGCUACCGUCAAGGCAGCAUCAACGACCGCGAGUUUAACACAUCCUUCAUUGUGCAGAAUUCAGUUGCAAUCAAGAAGCCAGUGAUAGUUGUCAGCAUCAACUAUCGCCUUAGCAUGUUCGGCUUUGUCUACAGCAUCGAGGUUCAAUCGCAAGGAAUUACGAAUCUGGGCAUUCGUGAUCAGUGGAAGGCACUGGAAUGGAUAAAGGAGAACAUCGGGGGCUUUGGUGGUGACCCCGAUAAUGUGUCAAUAUGGGGCGAGAGCGCGGGUGCAUUCUCCAUCGGAUUCCUGAAUAUGGCCUACGGAGGAGAUAACAGUGACCUUUUCCAGAAAGCAAUUGCAGUAAGCGGCACCGCAUUCGGGGUAGGCGCUGGUAAUCCAACUACAGCGCAGACGAGCUAUGAUAAUGUGGCCAACGCGACUGGAUGCUAUUACGCCAUCGAUUCCCUCCAGUGUAUGCGCGAACUCCCUUUUGCAACCUUGAACGCAACUCUCACCUCCUUGGGCGGAUUGCUGAAUUUCCAGCCCAUGAUCGAUGGAGAUAUCAUCCGAAACUCUGCUAGUGUCGCAUACGCACACAAGCCUGCUCUACUCGCACCUGUGGACAUUCUCAUCGGCUGUAAUACCGAUGAAGGCAUGUCCGAGGCGCUUGGUGCACAAAUUGCCAUCAAUACCAACGAAGAGUUUGCAAAUAUCCUGACCACGGCUUUCGGUUUAGGACCGGAUAUGGUGCAGGAAGUGCUCAAGCUAUGGCCGGAAGACGCACAAUACCCACCCUACUCGGAGCCAAUGAGCAUAAACUGGCCUGAGCUGACGGCUACAAUCGGUAUCAAGUCUGGAAAUCAAACGCGACGCAUCUAUGGCUUUAUCAAUGACUAUGCUAUGCAGGCCGGACGACGGUUGACAGCUCAGUCCUGGUCCAGCCUCACUAGAAAGAAAGUAUACUCAUUCCGCUGGGAUGUCGAUCCCAGCCGCAUCCCUCUAGUCUAUACGCCAGGCCUAGGUGUUGGAUUUGCUGAACAUGGUGCAGAGCUUAGUUUUGAAUUUGCGCUCCCAUAUGUCAGCGGUUCACCGUACCCCUCCCUCCCUGAUGUACCAGCAAUGCGCAAUGUUAGCUAUGCAAUGCAGGUACAUUUCAUCAGUUUUGCAAAUUACGGGGAUCCAAAUAAACAUGGACUGAAAUGGAUUCCGCAUUGGCCGGCUUAUACGCAGACCUCAGAAAAGAAUUUCGUCUACAACGCAACCCUCGCCAAUACGCUUAACUUACAUGUGGAGAAGGAUAACUUUCGCGAAGAGCAGCUUGAUUGGUUAAAUGCGAGAUGGAGAUUCUUGAACAGGGGAUGA